AUUUCUCACAGAUCGGGAUAAGUAUAGGAGCUGAUCUCCAGAGGAAUUAAAGGGCAAAAAAAUUGAAGGUGGAGAAGAAACUUCUAAUAUGAAUCCAAGAGAGUUGGAAUUGAGGGGAAGGUUGGUUUACAUGAAGAACAGAGGAAGAAAAAGAUUGACAAUGGAAGGAGUGGCCAAAGGUGGUGGUGGAGGAGGAGGAUGUGAAGUGAGACGUAUUCACAUCAUUUACUUCCUGAGUCAUAUGGGUCGGAUCGAGCAUCCACAUCUCGUUCGGGUUCACCAUCUCCACCGCAAUGGCGUCUACCUUCGAGAUGUCAAGAGAUGGCUUGCAGAUUUGAGAGGAAAAGACAUGCCAGAAGCAUUUGCUUGGUCUUACAAAAGGAGAUACAAGAAUGGCUAUGUGUGGCAAGAUUUACUAGAUGAUGAUCUGAUUACCCCAAUCAGUGACAAUGAAUAUGUCCUCAAAGGAUCCCAAAUCAACACCACUCUCCCUUCUCAUUUUGAUGCUAAGAGGAAAUCAAUGUCAAAAGAAGAAGACUCACCUGUGCAAGUUGAAGUAGAUGGAAUGCAGCCACAGCAAACUUCACCAGCCGAAGAAACCGAAAAACCGGGCGAUACACAAACUGGUUCAUUCACUGCACCACCCGAGAUUUAUGAAGAGUCACAGGUAUUUGGCUCAGAUAGGUCGACGGUGACGGAGGAUUCAAUGAGGCAUGAUGAACGUGCUGCAAUCGAAAAGGACAACCACGAACAGAGCGAUAAAUUCGAGAAUCUUUCCUCGUCGUCUUUCUAUGCCAGCCUGUUGAACAAGAAGAGCAAGAAAAAGGGUAACAGCAAUAAGAACUAUGACAGCAUGAGCUCAAACACAUCAUUCUUACAGGAUUCACCGAUCAGGAAGAGUAGAAAGAGCAAUUCAAUGGGAGCUUCUAAUAUGAUCCGUAAUUUCAUUACUUGUGGUACUGUUGAUACAAAUGAUGCUGUAUUGGUGUCUAUCAAUCAAAACAACAAAGCAUCUUCUGAUCAGCAUACCACAAACAACAACACCACCAGCAGCAGCAACAAGAACUGGAAUCAGCAGAAACAAAAAAGUUCUCGGAGAAGUUUUGAAUCAAAGAAGCAGCAGCACCAGCAACAGCAACAGCAGAAAGAGAACGGAUUCGGCGAGCCAAAGGAAGUUCCUGCUGCCUACAAGCCGGUGGGCGGACCGACUUGCUCGCAAUGUGGGAAAAUAUUCAAGCCAGAGAAAAUGCACUCACACAUGAAGUCAUGCAGCGGAAUGAAAGCAAUGGCAAAGACAGGCAGAGUAUCGAUCGAAAAGAAGAUGCUACUGCAGAGACGAGAUGAUUCGUUGUACGAGGAAUGCAACUCUGGGUAUUUUUUGACCAACUGAAAGAUUUUGAGUACAUAUAGUUGUUUUCCUGUAUUAUCCAGGAAAAAGUUCUUGGUAUUUCACAUUUCAGACCAGCUGAAAGCAAAUUAGAUGAAUAUGAAUAAUCAAUUAGUACUUCCCUUAAGAGUCAGAAUCCCAAUA